UUAUUUACGCCGGCCGACCCACUGUCGUCUCUUGUAAUUGUAAGUUUAUGAUUCAUUUAGAAGCCAAACAAUUGAAUAUAUACAUAUUAUUAUAUAUAAUAGAGGACAUGGCUUAAAGCCGAUAACUCUUUAAGAAAGAAAAAAAAACAUAUAUAAAAUAGAUAUCCGCAGAAUAUGCAGUAGCCCUUGUGUUGUAGGUUAUUCACUUAUUCGCGCAUACCAUAAGUAAAUUAAUUGCUUAUGCAAAUGUAAUAGUUUACAGAGGUGUACCUGAAUGAAAAAUCAAAGCUAUUUUUGAAUUUGAAUGAUUACACACAGUAUAUGUAUAAUAAAUAAAAUUUUAAAAAAUGAAUACAGAAUACAGUCUCACUUCAAGAAUAUACUGUAAUCAAGGUGCCAUCCGAUCAGUGAGAUUUAGUGAAGAUGGAGCUUAUUGUAUAACCAGUGGCUCCAACAAGAAAGUAAAAUUAUGGAAUCCAUACAAGAGUAUACUACUGAAAACCUAUGCAGGACACGGAAACGAAGUAAUGGAUGCCUGUUCAUCUUGCGAUCAGAGCCAAAUAGUAUCCUGUAGUGCUGAUAAAUCAGUUAUACUUUGGGAUGUUAUCGCUGGAACACCUGUACGCAGAUUGAGAUGUCAUACUGGAACAGUGAACACAGUUCGUUUCAAUGAAAUGUCGACAUUAGUAGUGUCAGGUUCACAAGAUAAUUCAGUAAUGCUGUGGGAUAUACGGGCAAGGACUCUUACUCCUAUACAAGUUUUACCUGAUGCAAAAGAUUCUAUAUCUUCCGUUAGGAUAUCAGAUCAUGAAAUAUUGACAGCAUCUUAUGAUGGUAAAGUGAGAAGAUACGAUAUUAGAGAAGGAAGGCUUGUUACAGAUUGUAUGGGAGAAGUUAUCACAUGUGCCAGUUUUACCAAAGAUAAUCGCUGCUUUUUAGUAAGUUGUGCUGAUGCUACAAUCAAGUUAAUUGAUAAAGAUACAGGUGAACUGCUGGGGGAAUAUGAGGGACUACGUAAAAGUGACUUUUGCCUGGAAUCUUGUGUUAAUCACGACGAUACUUUAGUACUAUCUGGUUCAAGUGAUGGACAAAUUUGGGCAUGGGAGUUAAUAUCUAGAAAAAUUGUGAUGCAUUUGUCUGAUGAGAAGUCUGGUGCACAUCCUAUCAUAUCUAUUGGAGUUCAUCCAAAUAGAAACAGUUUUUUGGCUGCUAAUGGACCUGACAUUUUACUGUUUGAGCAGUAAUCUUAUUUAUCAAACUAUGACUGUUGCAUAAUUUAUAAGGUGCAUCUGUAUAUUUUGAAUAUUCUUUUAUAAUAAAAACUAAAGAGUAGAUUUUUAA